UGGAACCAUUUGGCAAUUUAUAAUGUAUAUAUUUUUUCAAUUAUAGGUUUUAGUGUUACACUUAACCUAAUAACCUGCACAUUAGUUAUCAAUGUGAUUUUAUCAUUAUGACAUAUAUUAACAAUUAUUGGUCAAUAACACAUAAUUAUACACUUCCUUACAUUAGAUACAGAAAUUAUCUUUAUACAUGCAUGAUUGGUUUAACCUGCCUCGAAAGUGGAUUCUUCCAAAAACAUUGCUUGUAACUGAAAGUAUCAAAGGCAUUGCACUACAAUCAAAAUGUACAGUGAUAUAGAAUCGUUAUUCAUGGUAUUUUGAUUGUUUAAAUAUGUUGCAUUGCAAAAUUUAUCUUAAGUUAAUGUUAAUUAAACUGUUUUUCUUUACUUUCCAGCUAGUGGCACCGAAGUUCAUGGUCAUUGCUCAAUAUGCAAAAUGAAAGAUACAUCUGGACGUUAUUUGUUACAGUUUUAGGGCUCUCUUUCUUAGUGUUUUGUUCCAAUCUUACUUUGUUGACAUCUAAGCAAGAAGAAGAUAACAACAUAUGCCAAAAAUACCCAAAGAAUUUAGUAGGCACGAUUUACCCUAAUCUUACGGAUACAUCCUAUAAAGACAUGGAAUUCAGAUUUACAUGGGUGCAAACAGGAGGCCACCAUACACCCACAAGAUGCAAACCUAGAGAACGGGCUGAUGAAAAACCUUUCAACAGGGGAAAGCUGUUCAAUAUUGGGUACCUAGAGGCAAAAAAGGACAACCAUACUUGUUUUGUCUUCCAUGAUGUUGAUCUCAUUCCUGAGAAUGAUCACAUACUAUAUGGAUGUGUAAGGAGUCCCAUGCAUUUGUCAAGAGCAGUUAAUAAAUUCAACUACAAAUUACCUUACAAAGAAUUGCUUGGAGGAGUCGCUGCUUGGAAAACAAAAGAGUUUGAACAGGUGAAUGGCUGGUCCAACUUGUUUGUGAACUGGGGUGGAGAAGAUGAUGAUUUGAGCUACAGAACAAUAGCAAACAAAUUGUCAAUCUUUCGUUUUCGGAACUCUGUGGCAAGGUACACAAUGUUGGAGCACAGACGGACCCCUGUUAACACUGCGAGACACAGGCAGUUAAAGGACAGCUACACUCGGUAUAAGAUUGAUGGUUUGUCUUCAUUGGUCUAUGAAAGUCCUAGAAUCCAACGUUAUAACUUAUUCACCAUGGUGUCAAUAAAUACGUGAAAAUCCUGUUCUGAAAUGUUUUCAAAUAAAAUACAUACAUAUAAGAU